UGAGCCCACCCCCCCUGUCUGCCGGUAAGUGGUACGCGCGGCAGCAUAAAGUGUGGGUACGCUCCCUAACUUCAACUGACAGCUGCAGAAACCGUCAGAGAACCACGAUAGCACCGAAUUUGCGGAGUCGCGCCAAAACAUUGCCAAAAUGGAGUGGACCGCGAUGGAGAUUAACCCCGAGAUGCUGAACAUGCUGAUGAAAUCCCUGGGCGUGGGUGAAAGCUGGCGUUUCGUUGACGUGGUGGGGCUGGAGAGUGAGCAACUCACCGCCGUUCCGAAACCAUGCUGUGCCUUGAUGCUGCUCUUCCCUCUGACACAACAGCAUGACUCUUUCAGACAGCAGCAGGCAGACAAGGUUGCAGGAGACUCUGAGCUUUAUUUCCUGAAGCAGACAGCAGUCCAUUCCUGUGGCACCAUCGCAUUGCUGCAUGCUGUGGCCAACAACAAAAGUAAACUGUCAUUUGCUACUGACUCUGUCCUGAAGAAGUUUCUAGAUGAGACUGCAGACAUGUCUGCUGAUGACCGUGCAAAACAUCUGGAGAAGAACCAGGCAAUCUGCAAAGCUCAUAAUGAGGUUGCGUCACAAGGCCAGUGUAGGCCGGAAGCUGACAAUAUCAACUUCCACUUUAUUGCCUUUGUCAAUGUAAAUGGACAGCUGUAUGAAUUUGAUGGGAGAAUGAAUGGACCAGUGAAGCACGGAGCUACCAACGAUGAGUCAUUCAUUGUGGACGCAGCCAAAGUGUGCCAUGAGUUCAUGGAAAGAGAGCAAGGCGAGGUCCGUUUCUCCUCCGUGGCUCUUUGUCACAGUUAAGAUAUUCAUUAGGACGUAGAACCAAAUUGUAAACCAAAAUAUCCUGGAGCAUUCACAUCGCAAACACAAUCAGCAGGCACUCAUGACGGCCUGUGAACACAUACAUCUGCAGACACUAUGCACUAUAAAGCACAUGUUGUUUCCACAUACUAUACCCACAGCUCAUGAACAAAGCAUUCUUAAGCACAUGUACACACAUAUGCACCACCAAAAACCUUUUGUUCUGCUGACACCAACUGAUACAAGCUUGCCCAAACCUUUUUAUGUGACGCAUCAUCCGGCAGUGAAUUGUUAAUCAAGCCGCUGCUUGUGUGCAUGUGUGUAUUUGUCUUUUUUGCCAUUAUUUUGGCGGGGGGGGGGGGGGGGGGGUGUAAUCAUUUUUGCAUCCAUGUCAGCCUCUGAAGGUUCAUAGUUAAAUAUGUUUUGUUCCAUUAAAAACGGAGAAGACAAAUUGAAAAGGGGGGAGGAGCAAAAAUACUUGAAUGGAGAAACUGCUUUUCUUGUUUCUCUGAAAGCCUUGAGUUGGUGUUGAGUUUAUAAGGAUCUGACAUUCCUCAGAACAGCCCAAAUGUAUGCGUAGGCAUAAUUUAGCCAUUGUUCAGAACAUGGACGCAACCUUUUGAGUGCUGUUCUUGGGUGUCAGCCUUGCAUUUCUUUGAAAAUUUCCUUUGGGAAGUUUAAAUUCAACGUGGUGGAUCACAGUUGUUUUGUAUGUUCAGUCUACACAUAUUUUCAAAAAUGUAUUCGUACAGUUCAGUAAUGCUUGCACUUGCAAUUCGAAAUGGCUCUUCAGUUACCAACCCAAACAGUCCAAAGUACAGUGUUAGUGUGCAAGUUCCAAACAUGAUAGGGACCAUUGAAAUAACGCAACUAAACUUUCUGUGUUGGGCUGUUGUUGUGUAGUGCAGGCUGAAAAUACUGUGCAUCCACUGUUUACCUUUCUGCACUUUCCUAAUACUGUGUUGCUGUAGUUCUACUGGUGAUGCGGCUGUGGGAGUUCAAUAAAGCAGCCUUUAAACUUG